UUCAAAGCCACGCUAGUUCAUGGAGCAUAUUCUCCUGGCUCUUUGAUUUUGAUACGUAAUAAGCAUGAUGAAGGCUCUCUCUCCAAAGAGCAUGAUUGUUAUCUAGGACCAUUUGAGGUCAUAUGUCAAACUCGUAAUGGAGCCUACAUUAUCAAGGAACUGGAUGGCAUAAUUUUCAAGCAGCAUAUUGCAGCCUUCCGCGUUAUCUUCUAUAUUGCACGAUCACCAGAAUAUAUCUCAGAAAUCAUGGAGAAGCUAGCAGAAGAUGAGUUAAGCUCUGGCACAGACUUCUGGAUAUCUGAAAGCUCUGAGGAGUUUUCUGCUUAUAAGUCAGAU